CUUGGGAAGCAUCCCGUGUCUCUGUUCCAAAGAGACAAGAGAGGGAAAGUGGACAUGGAGGGGAAGAACGAAAUAGACAUUUUUGACGAUAUUCUGCUGCCUGGUUUCCGGUUUCAUCCGACAGACGAGGAGCUUGUUGACUUCUACCUCAAGAAUAAGAUAGAGCAGAAGACUCUUCCUAUUGACAUCAUUAAGCAAGUGGAUAUUUACAAGUACGAUCCAUGGGAUCUUCCAAAGAUGGCGAGCAGUACUGGUGAAAAAGAGUUGUACUUCUACUGUCAAAGAGACCGAAAAUACAGAAACAGUGCUCGCCCAAAUCGUGUGACCAGAGCUGGCUUCUGGAAGGCCACUGGAACUGAUCGGCCUAUAUACUCCUCAAAGGGAAGGUGCAUCGGUUUAAAGAAGUCGCUUGUGUUCUACAGAGGCAGAGCGGCCAGAGGCAUCAAAACUGAAUGGAUGAUGCAUGAGUUUCGCCUUCCUUCUCUUUCUGUUUCUCCUCUUCCCACAAACCUCCCUCCAACUGACUCAUGGGCAAUCUGCAGGAUAUUCAAGAAAACCAACACUCACAAACCUUCAUCUCAAUCUCCCCCCUGGAUCCCCAGCUUGCCGGCAGGUGAUAUCCUCACUCAUGGUGGUGGUGCCACCACCUCCGGCAAUCAUUUCAGUGCAGAAAAUCUGUCUUUCACGAAAGAAAAUAUCUCCGGCGCAUAUUUCUCAGCUUCAGAUGUUCCCUCCUACAAACCCAUCGACGCCCGAGUAGGAGAUAUUGAUGGCGGCUUCAAUUUCUCCACGCUGGAAGCGUCAGGACCCAUGCUUUUGAACCCAGACUGCGAAGGAUUUGAAGGGACAAACCAGCAGUUUAGUGGCUUAUUAUCAACGAGCGUACCUCAGGAUAUGCAAGGGAAUAUAAACAGAGCAACAGGGUUUUCUUUCACUAGGCCCGCUUCUCCUCUGCUAUGGGACACCCCCUUGUUCAACUGACAUUUGCACUGAUAAAUGCUACAAUUGGCAAAACUGGGGCUAUCCAAGGGGUUUCUUAUGUUUGCAAUUAGUAUAAAUCUGGGGCCAGUGCUGCUCAGAUUACAACUAAGUGUACAGGCGUGGUGCUAUCAUCUCCUGUCACAUAAAUAGUGUUCAUCAACGCUGGACCCGGCCACGCAAAACAAAAGACGUUGUUCAAAAAUUCGUCAGCAGGAGGCUGGGGACUUCACGGAUAUUUGUAUUUUGACUAGUUGUACGUAUCUGGUAUGCAGGAUUUGUUCAAAUCAAUAGUUGUGAUCAUGUUCAUUUUGAACUGUUCAUUACAGGUUUUUUAGUUGACCCUCUGCGUUGUAAUGAUGCCAAGCAAAGACAUGUUAGAUUUCCCGUUUUGUCUUUUUUUGGGCCAAUGAUGAAAAGGUUUAUUUUUGUUU